CCUGAAGAACCCUACAAAUAGGAAAACGCGGAAACCCUAAUCUUGCUUGGGAGCUGCUGGAUUCUUCAACCAAAAAUACAGAGAAAGCUGUGCCUGUAGUUUAGUAGAGCAAUGGCGGAACACUUAGCGUCGAUAUUCGGAACGGAGAAGGAUAGAGUGAACUGCCCGUUUUACUUCAAGAUAGGCGCUUGCCGCCAUGGAGACCGUUGCUCCCGCCUUCACACGAAACCUAGCAUCAGCCCCACCAUUCUCCUUUCAAACAUGUAUCAACGCCCCGACAUGAUCACCCCCGGCGUUGACCCACAAGGACAACCUCUCGAUCCCCGCAAGAUCCAGACCCACUUCGAGGACUUCUAUGAAGAUUUGUUUGAGGAGCUCAGCAAGUACGGAGAGAUUGAGAAUCUUAAUAUAUGUGAUAAUUUAGCUGACCACAUGGUCGGUAAUGUGUAUGUUCAAUUCAGAGAGGAAGAUCAUGCUGCAAAAGCACUUCAGAAUCUGUCAGGAAGGUUUUAUGCUGGACGUCCAAUUAUUGUUGACUUCUCUCCGGUGACUGACUUCCGUGAGGCUACAUGUAGACAAUAUGAGGAAAAUGUGUGCAACCGAGGGGGUUACUGCAACUUCAUGCAUCUUAAAAAGAUAAACCGAGAUCUGAGACGCCAGUUAUUUGGAAAGAGCCGAAGAAGACGCAGCCAUAGUAGAAGCCGUAGCCCUCAUGGCCGUCGUGGUCAUGAAGAACAACCACAUGGUGGUCAUGGAUAUCACAGGAGGGGUGAUCAUCGUCACCAAGAGAGGGGACGUAGACCUAGAAGCAGAAGUCCUGGAAGAAGAGGUGGACAAAGUAGAAGUCCUGCAGGUAGGAGAAACAGAAGUCCGGUUAGGGAAGGCAGUGCUGAGAGAAGGGCAAAGAUCGAACAGUGGAAUAGGGAAAGGGAUCAUAAUGAUUCUGGAAAGAGUGAGCACACUGGUGCAACUAGAGAAGGUAGUGCAGAGAGAAGAGCAAGGAUUGAGAAAUGGAACAGGGAAAAAGAACAGAGAGAUUCUGCCGUAAACAGUGAAUUUGGUGCAAAUGAAACUAAUGGCAGAAAUGGAUCUGAAGAUUACGAAGGAAAAACUUAUGAUGAUUACCAGCAGCAGCAGCUAUGAGCUUGAGAAUGGCUAUUUCAAUUAGUGGUGGAGUACAGGUCCACUGAUUUGUGAUAUUGAAUAAAGCAAACCCCUUUAUACUUCAACUCAUAGUAAAGAGCAUUUACGUAAUUUGAUUGGAAGGGGGUCGGGGUUCAAAGAAACUUAAGAAGCUUAGGUCAUCAGUUUCCUCCCAUUAACCUAAGUCCGUAAAUGUUUUAUUUUGGUGCAUGCCUUGUCAUACAUAAUUCAUUGGGAUGUGAAAUUAGGUCAUCAGUUUCCUCCCAUUAACCCAAGUCCGCAAAUGUUUUAUUUUGGUGCAUGCCUCAUCAUACAUAAUUAAUUGGGAAGUGAAAAAAAUCAGAUAUUGUUUUUAUAUUAUCAUACGGGUAGAGGAAACAGAUAAUUUUAUCCCUUCAGGAGUCAAAACCCUACUCCAGCCUAAGGGUGGUUCAGGGAUUAGAUUUUGGAGGGCAGAGGGAGAAACGCCUAAACAUAUGGUUGGUAGUGUUCAAUUAAGAAAUUCGAAGUGUGGUGUUAAAUAAACAACCAUUACAUUUGAGUCACACAUGUCCUUACCUAUCUUUUAUUUUGAUAAAUCAUCUCGUGAAAACAUAAAUGGUUUUCUUAAAAAGUACAGACUCCUUUUUCCCCUGUUUUGUUUCUUCUUUUGUGCAUAUUUGUUCAAUAAUUGUUCUAUCAAAUAUUUAAUUACUCUUGUCAGAAAGCAGUGGUCUCUUAUGCAUUUUCCUAGUUUUGCAGGUUCAAGGGUCCUGCUGACCAGUGGUCGUGCACCAUCUUUAGCUGCUCACUAUUAUUUUCUAUACAGGUUUGAAGUCUUUUCUGCAGAACAAGUUCAGGACGCAAUUGGUGAUGUUGGUGGGUGGUGACAAGUGAAGGGGCAUGUUUAUGUUUAAUGAAAUGCAGGUCUUUACUUUUGUUGAGCCAUCACUAGCAGCUACUGUACGGAUAUGUUUGACCCCCACUAGAUGAGAUGCUAGAAGCCCUUUUGUGGAGUAAACUUUAAAAAUUACAGAGAUUGUUUUAAUUAUGUUUUGUCUGAACCGACCACAAGUUCCUAUUAGUUUGUCUGGUUGAGUACAAUAGUUUUCAAAUGAUUUCAGUUCUUCAAGUGACUCAUUAUUCAGAUGACUUGCACCAUUUUACUCAGUUUUGUGCUGAAACAUGCAAACCUGAUGACGAAAUGUUUUUAAAAUUACCAUUGUGCAUUCAGAUCCUUUGUAUUUUGUGGUUGCUCAUUAUAUUGAAGAUGAUACAGCUUAUGCUAG